CUUCUCUCCAAGUUCACACUUUUCUUCUUUUAGGUUCUUUUACGUUGCAGAAAAAAUAAUUAUCAAAAUCCAACCAACAAACAACUACAACGACAUUCGUUAAUCUUCUCUCUCACUCUGCGGAUUGCGUAAACGCGUGUUCAGUGCUUCAGAGAGAAGGCGAAAGGUGGUUGAGUUACGAUGUUGGAGUCGUGUUACAAGCCGCUGGAACGGUGUUUCGGCGGUGGUGGUGGCGACGGACUUUUAUGGAACAUGGACUUGAAGCCACACGCAUCCGGUGAAUACUCCGUUGCAGUUGUUCAGGCCAAUUCAUUGCUCGAAGACCAAGGUCAAGUGUUAACUUCACCAUCCGCGACUUACAUCGGAGUCUACGAUGGUCACGGUGGUCCCGAAGCCUCUAGAUUCAUCAACAGUCACCUCUUCCGUUACCUAGAGAAAUUUGCUGAUGAACGUGGAGGAUUAUCCAAGGAUGUGAUAGCCAAGGCAUUUGAUGCAACCGAAACUGAAUUUUUGCAUUUAGUGAAAGAAUCGUGGCUUGAUAGACCACAAAUUGUCUCAGUAGGUUCAUGCUGUCUUCUUGGUGUGAUCUCAAAUGGUACUCUAUUUGUGGCAAACCUUGGGGACUCCAGGGCUGUGCUUGGCCGGCAAGCUUCCGGCGGCGGCAGGAUGGUUCAUUCUUCAACUGUGGUGGCAGAAAGGCUAUCAACCGACCAUAAUGUUGGGGUUGAAGAGGUCAGAAAAGAGGUCAAAGCCCUUCAUCCUGAUGAUGCACAUAUUGUAGUGUACACUCAUGGUGUCUGGAGGAUAAAAGGCAUUAUCCAGGUGUCAAGAUCAAUCGGAGAUGUAUACCUGAAGAAACCGGAGUAUAACAGAAACCCUCUCUUCCAGCAGUAUGCAUCCCCUUUCCCUUUAAAAAGAGCUGUAAUGUCAGCAGAGCCAUCGAUAAUAACUCGAAAGCUAAGGCCACAAGACCUGUUCUUGAUAUUUGCUUCAGAUGGUUUAUGGGAACAACUCAGUGAUGAAGAUGCGGUUGAAAUUGUUCAUAAGAAUCCCAGAAAUGGGAUAGCAAAGAGAUUAAUAAGAGCUGCAAUAGAGGUGGCAGCAAGGAAAAGAGAAAUGAGAUAUGAUGAUAUAAAGAGAAUUGAAAAGGGUGUGAGGCGACAUUUUCAUGAUGAUAUUACAGUGGUGGUGAUUUACCUUGAUGGAGGUCGAGGUAAAUGUAAAUCUCAUUCUCAUGAUGAUAUUACUGGUGACACUACUGCCCCUCUUGAUAUUUUCACUUUUAAUUCAGAUGAUAAUUCUCAUCUUUCUCCAUGAUCAGUUUGGAUCAUCAUAUUUUGUUCAUAGGGUGGGUUUCUGUUAAAGGAUAUAGAGAUAAAGGGUAUUGUUGUAAAUAGCUUCUAUCUUUUCUAGGAAAUAGGAAACCCAUCCACCUGCCACCACUGGUGGUUGGUGGUUGUGGUUAGUUGUGAACUGGCUUAAGCCACCUUCCCUCUAGGGUUUCAUGAAAAUGGUGGUAAACUAUAAAUAUAAUAUGGGUAUGUGUAUAAUGUAUAAUGUAUUUGUAUAGGUGGUGGUAGUUUUUGUUUUUUGUGUUGUAAAACUGAAAUAUUGUGUUAUUGUGUUGUUAGUAUG